UGCCCUUCCGCUUUCAGUUCCUCUGUUCCCCCCUUCCUCCUGCUUCCCUGCUCUUCUAUUUUUUUUUUUUCAGAUAUUUCUUCUCCUCCUUCACUUCGGGUUUUACCCUCUCUCUCUCUCUCUCUCUCUGUGCGGUAAUGGUCAGUGAAACGGGACGAUAAUCGCUGCCCAUUAUUUUCUUUCCCCGUUACUGAAAAGGGGAAGAAAAUCUCGGAAAAAUUUUCCAUCUUGGUCCGAACAUUAUCUGGGUUCUUGAUUUUUAUGAUCCAUCGCCCGUCUUCCGCAACGGGUCUUGGACCAGAAACGCGAGCUGCUCCUGCAAAUGGAACGGCUCUUCCCCUCGACAGGCCAGUAUCGUUGCGCAGCUCAUCGCCCGAGUCAUAGGCAGAGCGGGGGCGAGCGUCCGUUUCAGUGACGAGAGCAGGGGACAUGGGCGACAAGAAGGACGUUGGGAGGACCAGUUCAAUGGAGAACGUCUCCCUGCGUCUCGAGCGGUUCCCCAGAGAUCUGCUCCAGAGGUUUACGUCGUCGAGCAGGGGUGCAGCUAGUAGCGGCGCCGCGACGCAGUCGCAGCCAUCGUCGGAGUACAAGACGCCGAACCAAGAAACAGAGGAGCUCGAGCUGAGCCUAGGGCUCUCGCUGGGGGGUCGAUUCGGGGUCGACAAGAGCUCCAAGAGACUGACCCGGUCGUCCUCCAUUGCCGGGUCGUUCCCGCUGUUCAGGGAGGACGAUUCGGCGGCGACGACGACGACGCCGCCCGCGCCGUCCUAUACGGCUCUGGUGAGGAGCAGCUCCCUGCCCACGGAGACGGAGGAGCAAUGGAGGAAGAGGAAGGAGCUGCAGACGCUGCGGCGGAUGGAGGCGAAGCGGAGGCGGUCGGAGAAGCAGCGGAGCGUGAAGGAUGACAGGCUCGAGAUCGAGACCCAAGUGGGUGUUCUGGCUGCUAAACAAGGAUCAAGCGGCUACAGCGAUGCAAGAAGCUCUCUUGGCAGUCAGACACUGCAACGGCGGGUUAGUCAGGACACUGUCAGUUCAUCUGGGGGGGUCUCAGUAGAACAGAUGACUAGCACCCAGAGACCCGAUUCUUCUGAGAGCAGGGGCAAGGAAAUCAGCGCCAGCACGAUGGAGGACAUGCCUUGUGUCUUCACGAAGGGUGAGGGUCCAAACGGGCGGAGGGUCGACGGGAUCCUCUACAAGUAUGGGAAAGGGGAGGAAGUCCGAAUAAUGUGCGUGUGCCAUGGGAAUUUCCACUCUCCGGCAGAGUUUGUGAGGCACGCCGGCGGAGGUGAGGUCGCCCACCCUCUCAGGCAAAUUGUCAUAAACCCGAACCCAGGUCCUUUUCCGCAGUGAAGUCUUUUGCUCAUCUGUUGCUUCAUAACACCCCUUAAAAUUGGUUUGGGAGGGAGAAAGGAGAGGGUUAUUCGAAAGAUUGAGCAUGUUUCAUAUUGUUUACAAAUAUUGAACGCUGUAUGAUCAAAUCUGUACAUUUACCAUAGAAGAAAUUGAUCUCGGCAUUCGGAUUUUGCGGCCCAGAA